AUGUACUCGGCGGGAUUUUUAGGGUGCCUAGUAAUUCUCGUGGCAUUUGGUAGUGUCACACCCUCUCCCAGUGAUGGGCGGAUUGUGGGUGGUGAGGUGACCACCAUCACAGAAUUUCCCUAUCAAGUAUCCGUCCAGUUGAACGGCCAACACAUAUGCGGAGGAGCCGUCAUCGGGGACCAGUUCGUACUGACGGCAGCCCAUUGCUUCGAGAUUCCCUGGAGCAGCGAUGAUUACACCGUGCGAGUGGGCUCCAGCGAGCAUGCCAGUGGCGGCCAUGUGCUCAGCCUACGGCAGGUGAUCACCCACGGCGGCUAUAAUCCCCAGAGCCACGACAACGACCUGGCGCUGCUCAUCCUGCAUGCCAGGCUCAAUUUCACGGAGCACCUGCAGCCAGUGCCGCUGGCCACAUUAGCGGACCCACCCACCGUGGACACCCGUCUCCUGGUCAGCGGCUGGGGCUUUCAGGCGGAAGAGAGUUUGGUCAGUACAGAAGUUUCAGUGUCUCCGCAACUACGCUUCGUGGACGUGGACCUGGUGGAGCCGGAUCAAUGCCGCCGUGCCUAUCGCCAGGUGUUGCCCGUAACCCAGCGGAUGAUCUGCGCAGCGCGUCCUGGCCGUGAUAGUUGUCAGGGUGACUCCGGUGGUCCUCUGGUGGGAUUUCCAGCGGAUGAAGGUCCGGCUAGGCUCUAUGGUAUUGUGUCCUGGGGUCUGGGCUGCGCUAAUCCCAACUAUCCGGGAGUCUAUGCUAAUGUGGCUGCGUUUCGCAAUUGGAUAGAUGCCCAGAUGGGUGUAAGGGGUUGGAAUGGACUGCUGGCUGGGUGGAGUGGAUUGCAAUAAUCUGGAGGAAGACUGAAGGCCAAAGAAAGUAGUUUAAGAUUUGACUAAACUUAAGGAAGUCAAAGAAAAGGUAGUUAAAUUUGUAAUUA